AUGCUGGCCCAUGUGCGAUGGCCGUGGACGGGUCUUCUCCUCCCAGGAGGGCUUUCGUUACUUGAACAACCUACCUCGCCGUGGCAUGGUACUUUGGUGUCAUACACGAUUACGACGGAGACUUCGGGAGAUACGAGCGUUUCGUCUUCGACCACAUCUUCAUCUAUCACUUUAGACUCAGCGUCCUCUUCCGCUUCUACGGCUUCGACCAAUCAGAGAUCAGGUGGCUCCAGCGCCAAUAUCCAACCUUCCAUCAUCCAAGUCACCACGACGGUCACCUCCUUCCAACUCUCAAUCAUCACGCUAGUAACAGAAGGACCUGAAAUCGUCAUUGGACCUGAUACCUAUCCUUUCGAGACGAAGACUAGAACCAUCACGCAGUCAAGCGGCGGCGACAUUGUGAUUAGACCGACGGAGGUGGUGUGCGGCACAGUCACAUUAGCUCUCAAAGCCACCGGUACAGCACCACAGGCUCUAUCUUGUCAAGGUGCAAUGAUGACGGCCAAUCCUGCUUCUACAUAUGGCAACUUUUCCGCCCUAGCAAACGAGUUGAACGUCGUCAUGGAUGAUCAAGAUACAGUGGAGAACGUUGAGAUGUCCCCUUCCGGUGUAAUCAUAGCAGGAGGAGCAGACAGGCCUAUUCCGUCUGGACUCAAGGGGGAAACCGACCUGGGUGCUGGUAUCACGGCGAAGCCAGGAGGGCCUGAGAAAAAGAAGAAGUCAAAUUGCAAAUUUCUAUUUGGGGCUAUAAAAUAUCUAGCCAAAGGAGCGAAAGACGCAGUUGAUGGAGUAGGAGGCCUCGUGAAAGACACGGCACCUUUUGUAAAGGGUACUGCAGACACUCUCGAGCAUGCCGCCAUCACCAGCAAACUGAACUUGGUAGACCAAGCUGCGCAAGACCUCGCAUAUGCCAUCAAUAGCCUCACUGAUGAGUUUCCCUCUGAUUUCGCCGAUAACCUCAAGUCUCUGAACGGCAAAUUCAACACCUCGGAUAUCGGCCCUCUGAUCAAAACUGCAUGGCUGGAAGCAAGACACAUGACAAAUGUCGUGAAUAGCGCCAAAACUCUGAUGGACGCCAUACAAAAGGAUAAUCCUCCCGACCUUAUCAAAGAGGCACAAAAGCAGCUGAAGGACCUCUUAGAUCCAAGCGUGCCAAAACCGAAGGGCGGGCUUGGUCGCGAAACACCAGGGCUGAGCUCACUCUCGGACCUGGAACCAGUAGAUGACCUGCCAACCGCGAGCAUUCCGACGACGGGGGUUGAUCCGACAACUUCUGAUCCGCAAUCAACGUUUUCAUCGCAAAUUACAGUUUCAGGCGCAUCUACAGUAGCGACGAGUACUCCACUAACAAGUCUUCCUACCAGAUCUGGGAAGGUCACGUCUUUGCAGGCGUCAACGGCGGAGCAUACAUCGAUUUCAUCACCAGGAAAUACUCGCCAGUCGGCGACUGUGUCUACCACUACAGGCUCUUCAAGUUCGUCCUCUUCGUCCUCUCAGACGCCGUCAGCUACGCCAGGGCCUUACUUCUUCACGGCGAAAUUUGGCACAGACUACAACAUAUUCUUGAAUUUCACGAUUCAUUUAGACAAGACCUCUGGCUUCCUCUCAGAGCGAAGCGAGUUUCCGGAAAUCGAAAAACUCUUCUACGUUACUAACAUGUCUGAGGCCAAAGCUGAAGAGCUCAAGGAUGAAUCAAAAUACCCUUUCAUCAGCGCCAUCAUGAAUGUUCCUAAGACAGGCAAGAAUGCCGCGGAAGAAUACAAACUGGUAAUGCCACAUACACCUGAAUCGGAACCGCGGCACGUGGCGAGGGCUCCUCCAAUAAACGAAGUAUAUCCAGAUAACCCCGAUCUAUCCCAAAGAUCAGGGUCAGGGAUAGAACACCUGGGUAUGCUAUCACCACAACGCCCUGGAGAUACUACUCCAAACGCAUACAUUCUCUGCCCCUUCGCUCGGAGAGGGCAGCACCCAUAUAGAUUGUGA